AUGAAAGAAAUUAAACAGCAGCAACAACAAAAUAACCACCACCACCACAAACAGCAACAACAACAUCAGCAGCAGCAACAGCCGCCACAACAACCACAGCGCCACAAGCGCCACGACAUCCACGACAACUUCAGAAACGUCAACCGCGUCGACGACUACGACGAAAAGAAAGGACAGAACGUAACGAAGGAGCUGCAAGAAACCUUCCUACACCAGCAGCAGCUGGAAAACCCCGACGAGACGCCCACCAUCGCCAAGUCGCCGUGGCUUCAACACUUCGAAAUCUCCUCAGAAAUCGCCGCCAACCGAACGCGAGAUCUAUUCUUCAAGAAACUCGAGGCUAAAUUUAAACACAGAAUCGAAGGCGCUUCUAAAAAAGACGAUGACGUCAUUAAUAAUAAGAAUAAUCAGAAGAGUGCAAAUAAUGCUGACGUUGUUGACAACGAUAAAAAUAGCAUUCAAACUGAAGAGGUGGCCCUAUGUGACAGGAUGAUCGGUACGGCCAAGCAGAAGGAGAAAAAGAAGAAGAUCCCGGUGAAAGUUGCCGUCCCGAAGAUCCCGGCCAACUUCACACUGACGAGUGUUGAAAUCCGUGUCACGUACAACAUUAAAAACGCCAGCCUGCUUAAGAAGAAGCAGCAGCAGCAGACGAAGUGGAAGAAAAAUCCAAAGAACAGAGAGGAGUUGGCCACUCACCAAUUCAUACCGGACGGUGAGACGACCAUGAAGACGUUCACACUACCUCUCUCCUACUUUAAAGAGCUCCUGAGAUCAAAGAUGGAUCCAUGGCUGCCUACUGAUAAGUUUCUGAAGCUGGUUAAAAACUAUACACAAAUAUGCAACAACAUCAACAACAACAACAGCAACAACAACAACAAAAACAACUUAAACGACAACUUCAACAACAACAGCAACAACCUCAACUUCAUCAUCAACAACAACAUCAACAACAACAUUAACAACAACAGCAACAACAUCAACAAGAAUGAUUUAGUAGAUGUGGGCCUUGUAACUCCUGCUGGAGAGAUGGUGAGGAGAGAAGGAGAGGAAAGAGAUUGA